AGCGCUCAUGCGCCUUGUCUCUAGCAAGAGCUGUCCUGCCAAUAUCAUUUUAUAGUUUUCCCUGUGUUUUCCUUUACUUUCCACGAAUUCUGCUGCUAACCAAUCACCAUUCAACCCCUUCUUAGACCUAUCUUCCUCUUCGCUACAAACAGCCCAAAACCAAUGUUGGGUUCGUUCCGAAACUCUUCCCAGCCAAACAAGCAGAAACAAGAAAGAGAAUGGUUUGCAGUGAAUUUCAAGCCAGAAAACUUCAUACCAGGUCUCAUCAUCGGUUUCAUUUUUGGGUUUUUCUUGGAUUUAUCAAAAGUCCCCAAGAAUCAACCGAGGCAUAAUAAUUCCUUACUGGGAAAGCGCCAGCAGCAGCAGCAACUAGUAUCAAGUAACUCUGAUGAAGAACUUAAAAUGGUUUUGGUUGUUAGACAAGACCUGAAAAUGGGAACAGGGAAGAUUGCAUCUCAAUGUGCUCAUGCAGCCACUGGCAUGUAUGCGGAACUGGUGCAAAGCCAGAGGUCACUUUUGAGACAAUGGGAGCAAUGCGGGCAAGCAAAAAUAGUUGUCACAUGCAAGAAUCAACAAGAAAUGAAUAAACUAAAGGAAGCAGCUGAGAGUAUUGGCCUUCCAACUUUCGUUGUUGCUGAUGCAGGACGCACACAGGUUUUGUCUGGCUCAAAGACAGUUCUUGCCAUCGGGCCUGGAAGAAAGGCAUCGGUAGAUUCAAUAACUGGGAAACAGCGCCUACUGUGAUAGUUUUUGGACCGAAGUUUGCAACUCUUUGGGAGGGAUUUCUUUGAAUGUUAGCAGCUCAUGGAGUACGGUUAAGGUGAUUUAGGUCAGACUGCAACUAGUCUCUAAGACAAAUAUCAUUUCUUUCUAGUUCAUAUUCUUAUUAGCUAACUAUUAGACAGUUUCGCACUUGGUCACUGAGAGAAAUGGAGGAAUAGAGUAUAUGCUCAUCAGAACAAAUGUAAGAUCAGCAGUUUUCUUCUUUCCAUUUCCUUUGACAGCCAAAUGGAGCACAAGCAGCAUCCUUCUUCUGGAUCUCUCAACUCCAGAAGUCGGAAACUGGGUUUUGGCGAGUCUCUAAGUCCUUUCAUCCUCUGUGAGAAGCCCAUCACCUUGUGCUUCAGAAACAGAAGAAAAUGAAGAGACAACGUUGUAAUCAUCAUGAAUGUUUUAUAAAGAGAGUUUACCUUUUGAUA